AUCAGCACAGUCCACUGACCGACUGCACUCCGUAGCUUAAUCGGUACAUUACAUUACGAACUUGCCGUAUCUAACCCGUCGCAUCACCAAUCGGUACAUCGGACAACCUUGCGAGACCACAGGCACAGCACUCGACAGACAAGUUGAACCACAGUAUUCUUGAUUUCAUCUAGGGCUCUUUCUUCUGCUCGCCCACAUGGCUCAGAAAGCGCGUAAGGACCAAGCCAGGUCCAAUGCGGCAGCGCUCAACAACCUCCACAUCGGAGCGCUGGCCGUCAAUGUCUCAUUCCUGCUCUGGCACUCCUUCUUCAGGUCUCGCUCGCUGCUCGCCUGGUUCAUCUUCUCGCUCCCGAGCUUAUUGUGCCAACUUGCACUGGAAAGAACGGGACGCCCCAGCUAUGAUGCGGCCACCAAAACGCUAAAAUCGUCGGGCGAGGACCUGGCUGCCCCUGGUCUGACUGAGUACAUGUUCGACGUCGUCUGGGUCACCUGGGCCACCACGAUUCUUGUGGCUUUCCUGGGCAACUGGGCAUGGCUGGUCUGGGCCGUGGUGCCGACCUAUGGCGCCUACAAAGGCUACGGAAUGCUGGGCGCCGCCAAGCAGAUGGCCCAGAUGGGCGCCGGCGCCGGCGCCGAGGGUGCUGCCCCGGCCAGCAACCGCCGACAGCGACGAACUGCAUAGGUUCGCCAACUGCACACUACUACCCGUACUACCCGCGGUAUUUUAGCUG